CUGUCUGAUUCCAGUGAGACUGAGAUACACCCAGUGGUCUUAGACCCACACCAUUCAGUGACUAAGCUCCUCAUAAGGCACUUCGACGAGCGUUUACUCCAUCCAGGUCCAGACAGGGUUUUCGCGGAACUACGUCGCUAUUAUUGGAUUCUGAGAGGCAGGCAAGCAAUUAAAAAACAUCAAAGGGAAUGUGUGGAGUGCCAGAAGUGGAGGGCUAAGCCGAUAGUACCCAUUAUGGCUGACAUACCCUCAGCUCGUCUGCGACUCAACCAACCGCCUUUUUUCUCGACUGGAGUUGAUUGCUUCGGGCCCUUUAUUGUUAAGAUUGGCCGACGCUCAGAGAAGCGAUGGGGAAUCAUCUUCAAGUGCUUGACAACCCGAUGUAUUCACCUUGACCUUCUUAACAGUAUUGAUUCAGAUGCAUUCUUAUUGGCACUUAGGCGUUUUAUCGCUCGAAGGGGAACACCAUCUGAAAUUCUCUCAGAUCAAGGGACUAAUUUCAGAGGAGCAGAAACUGAAUUAAGGCAAGCCUUUAAGGAAAUGGAGCCCAGGCUGCAGGAGCUGCUAUCUGACUAUCAGAUCACCUUUAAGUUGAAUCCUCCGGCUGCACCACAUUUCGGAGGCAUCUGGGAAAGGGAGAUUAGAUCGGUAAAGUCUGCCCUGCAAGUAGUUAUAGGAAGUCAACCUGUUCCAGAGGAAGUGCUGAGUACUGUCCUAAUCGAAGUAGAAGGUAUUCUGAAUAGCAAGCCAUUAGGUUACGUUUCAUCUGACGUAGCGGACUUAGACCCGGUCACUCCUAAUAUGCUGCUUAUGGGCCGACGGGAUGCCUCGCUUCCUCAAGUUAUUUACACUCCAGAACCUGUAACCAAGCGCCGCUGGCGUCAUACUCAAAGUAUUGUUGAUCACUUCUGGUUAUACUACACCCGACAUUACCUGCCUGACUUACAGACUCGACAGAAGUGGCAACGGGAAACACAGGAUCUAACUGAGAACACAGUGGUGAUGAUUAUGGAUCCACAACUUCCUAGAGCCAGCUGGCCAGUUGGUCGGGUUGUUAAACUGAUAUCCAGUGCUGAUGGACAUAUCAGGUCAGCUCAAAUACAGGUCAAGGAUCGUCUAUACUUAAGGCCUGUAGCCAAACUUGUAAGACUUCGACCAUUUCCUGAUGGAGAUUAAACUAAUCCCGGAGACUAGGGAAUUUACUUUAUUACAUAUUAGCUAUGCUAAUCUGGGGGCGGCUGUUCUAAAUUCCCUAUGAGUAGGUUAUGAAACUUUAAUUUGAGACUUUUAUUAUAUGCCGCUAGAUGGCGUAGUUCCGCUUUUGCGGUUCAUUUUAGUUUCACUUUCACAGACGCUCGCUCCGCCAUUUUCUUUGGGUACUAAUGUGCGUGGAUGCAUGAAAACCACAUUAAUACCUUGUGGCCAUGUUUGUAUGCUGCUAUGAAUAUUAAUACUCAAAGUGCUACAUAAAGAGUUAACUGUUGCCUGUCUCCUGUCACACUUCUUACCGGAGCCCCGUAAUGGAUGGGCAUUAACCUACCUAAACACCACAAAAAGUCA